AGUCGAGCUUUUGUCUCGUACGGCUUGUUUUGUCUAGAUUACACCAAUUCUGAAUAUUUAUGCGUCGUGUUCUCCUCACUUCGAGUCAGGUGUCCGUGCUGGCCACGGCCGCGAUGAUCCUUCUCUGCACAAGCGCUCUUUUUCUGAGCGGCUACGCUAUUCAGCAGCGCACGCUUCGGGAGCUGCGCGCUGCUAUCCGGCCGCGCGAGUCCCCCAAGGCGCAUCUACCCGAAGAGUUCAGGGGCGCGCUGACGGACAUUGAAGAGAGCCAGCUGCUGGUGGUGGAAACGGAGGCCCAGCGGUGGUCGAGGGAGGCUCGCGGGCUGGUGCCGCCGCAGAGCCAUGUUUCGGACGCGGAGAUUCAGGUGGAAGACACAUUGGUAGAGGGUGUUGAGUCCAAGCCCGAGCCCGAGCCGGAGCAGGAGGAGGAGCAGCAGCAGCAGCACAAGGUUGCCGUGCCCGGUGGAGAGCCGACGAAGGAGCAGCUGGCUAUGCUGGACGCGAUUCAGAAGAGCGUUGCCGACAAGUCGUGGGCUGUGGAGAAUCCCGAUCCUCUGUCGAAGAAUAAGGCGCCUAUUUCGAGGGCUGAGCGCCGCAAGAUGAUUAAGGAGGAGAUUCAGAGGCUGGCUCAAUCGGAUAAGCCCGUCUACUACCAGAGGAGGUUGUGGUGAGUGUUUGCAUUUGGGAUAUACGAGGAACGGAGUACAUACACGAAUUUUGUACAUGGGAACUGGAUAUAUCAUA